GAGUCUCUCACUGCAUAUUUGCAUUCUCAUCUUCUCCAUACUGUCUCAUAUUUUCUUAGAUAACCAUCAUGGCUGAAUCAUUCAUCUUCAGCAUUGCUGAAUCACUCGCAACGAAGAUUGCUUCUCUUGCAUAUGAAGAAGCGUCUCGGGUGGUUGGUGUCUACGAUGAUCUCCAAGACUUGAAAAGCAGUCUCUCAUAUGUGAAAGCUGUGCUGUUGGAUGCUGAGCAGAAGCAGGAGCACAACCACGAACUGCGGGAGUGGCUGAAGCAGAUCAAACUCAUCUUCUAUGAUGCUGAGAACGUGCUUGAUCAAGUUCACUGUGAAACACUGCGCAAGCAAGUCAUCAGAGACUAUGGCACUCCCAAGGACAAGGUAGGCCACUUCUUCUCGAGCUCUAAUCCACUUGUGUUUCGUUAUAAGCUUGCUCUUCAGAUCAAAGAUAUUAGGAAGAGAUUAGACAGAGUCGCGGCUGAUAGAGAUAAGUUUGGGCUUCAAGUAAUUGAUGUUGAUAGGCGAGUUGUGCAUAAGAGGGAAAUGACUUACUCCCAUGUUGUUGAGUCUGAUGUCAUAGGACGUUCUCAUGAUAAAGAAAAGAUUGUAAAGCUCUUGAUGGAACCGUGUCUUGACAACAAUGGUGACUCCAAACAUAUCUCUGUCAUUCCCAUUGUGGGAAUUGGAGGUUUGGGAAAAAUCACUCUUGCUAAGCUUGUCUUCAACGACAAAAGGAUAAGAGAGUCUUUUCCGAUGAAAAUGUGGGUGUGUGUGCCUGAUGACUUUGAUAUCAAGCAAUUGAUUAUUAAAAUCAUCAAUGCUGUUACUGUUAGUGGUGCUAAUUCUGCUGAUGCUCUGGUGGCCCAACAAACUUUGAGAGUAGACAUGGACAUUGAACAAUUGCAGUAUCUUCUUAGAAAUAAGCUAACUGGUCAAAAGUUCUUGCUUGUCUUGGAUGAUGUAUGGAGUGAAGAUCGUGCCAAAUGGAUUGAACUUAGAAGUCUCAUCAGAAUCGGUGGUGAUGGAAGUAAAAUUGUAGUGACAACACGUAGUCAUUCUAUUGCUUCUAUGAUGGGUACUGUUCCUUCUCACGAUUUAGAAUGCCUUUCUUUGGAAGAUUCCUUAUCUUUGUUCGUUAAAUGGGCUUUUAAAGAAGGAGAAGAGGAAAAGCACCCCAAUUUAAUCACAAUCGGAAAAGAAAUUGUGAGGAAGUGUAAAGGAGUUCCUUUGGCAAUAAGAACAUUGGCAAGUUUACUAUUUUCAAAAUAUGACAUAAAUGUUUGGGAAUCAGUGAGAGAUGAUGAGAUUUGGAAUUUACCACAGAAAAAGGGUGACAUCUUACCUGCACUAAAAUUAAGUUAUGAUCAAAUGCCAUCCUAUUUGAGAAAAUGUUUUGCUAUGUUCUCACUUUUUCCGAAGGAUUUUGAAUUUCAGACUGGUGACGUUCUUUCACUUUGGAGUGCACUAGGUUUGCUUCGAUCAUCAAGCAAAAAUGAAACUUCACAAAAUGUUGUAAACCGAUAUUUGAGUGAAUUGAUUUCAAGAUCUUUUCUUGAAAAUGUUAGCGACUUAGGCACAUCCUAUUACUUUAAUAUACAUGAUUUAGUGCAUGAUCUUGCACUAUAUGUUGCAAAAGAUGAAUGCCUAGGAAUUAGUUCUGAUAGUCAAAGUAUUCCAAAAAAUGUUCUCCAUCUGUCUUUUAUUGAAUUUGAUUUGUUUCUCGAAUCCUUCAAACCAAAUUUGUUAGGUGUGAGAACUAUUGUAGGUAUAGGAGCCAAUAAUGAAGAUUUGUUCCCUACAUGGGUAUUAAGUUGCAAAUACUUGAGAUUUUUGGAUCUGGGUGAUUCCACAUUUGAGAUUCUACCUCGAUCAAUCAGCAAGUUGAAACAUUUAAGAUAUCUUUCACUUGGGAAUAACAGAAGAAUAAAGAAACUCCCUGCUUCUAUUUGCAACCUCCAAAAUUUGGAAGAGUUGAAUCUUCGUGGCUAUGUGGAGCUUCAAACUUUGCCAGAAAAAUUAAGAAACUUGAUCAAUCUGCAAAGAAUGUCGAUAACCACAAAGCAAUCUGUCUUGCCAGAGAGUGAUAUUGCAAACUUGUGUUCCCUUGAAUCUCUAGACAUUUAUGGUUGUGACAACCUGGAAUCCCCGUUUGUAGGGGUAAAGUUGCCUUCCCUUCGAUUUUUGCGGGUUAUGAGGUGCAAGAAUUUGAAAUCUUUGCCACUUGACACACACCAUUUUCCUCAAUUAGAGGAAUUCAUUGUCGAUGAAUGUGAUAAUUUUGAAUUGUCCGAUGUACAUGAGGACAUGAACUCUGCCUUGAGGUUGAAGAAACUUUUCUUUUGCAUGAUGGUGAACUUCCCUCGUUCUCUCCACGGAUAUGCAAACACAUUACAAACUUUGGUGUUUUUAAGGUGCUACGAGCUAAAGGAGCUUCCUGAAUGGCUGUUAAAUAUGACUUCUUUGAAAUUUCUUCAUAUCUGGGGUUGUCCAAGGUUGUUGUCUCUCCCUGAAGGCAUCCACCAUCUUAAAGCCCUUGAAGUUUUGCGUAUCGAAGGUUGCCGUAAAUUGUACAAAAAGUACCGGCCACAUGUUGGAGAAUAUUGGCACCAAAUAUCCCAUAUCAAGCAUAUUCAAAUCUUCCAAUAGCCGGAGAUGGUGGAUUGAUCUCUAGUUGGAGAGGAUUGUUAUGACAACCACGAGACCACGACUGAUGUUUAUGAAGUAUCUUUCAUUUUUCCAGUGUGCAUAAUGUAUGAUGUUCUUGUUUCAUUUUGGACUGUGUCUUUGAUGAUUAACAGCGUCAGUUUGUUGCUUUCAUAAUAAUUGUGGUACUUUCUCUAUCAGAUUGUAAUUCAAUAAAUUUUAUUUAACUUCUUGUCUCGGUUGAAUUUCUCUACAAUCUCAAUGAGGCACAUACAUAUAUGAGAAAUCAAUUAGCUUGUUGAAGCAUAUAUUUGGGUAAAUAGUUAGGAUUAGUAUUUAAAAAUUAUGAAAUUAAUGAAUAAAUUUGGUGUUCACUCCAUUUUAUUUGA